AGUGAGUAUUAUUCACACCACCCGCAUUAUUAUUGUUGAAUUGAGAAACCCUAAAUCAAGAAAAGGGGAAAUUAGCGAUCAAGAAAAAGAAUCCGAAGAUGUCGUACAUGUUACCUCACUUGCAUUCAGGAUGGGCUGUUGAUCAGGCAAUCCUCGCCGAGGAAGAACGUCUCGUUGUCAUCCGUUUCGGUCACGAUUGGGAUGAAACUUGCAUGCAGAUGGAUGAGGUGCUCGCAUCGGUUGCAGAGACAAUAAAAAACUUUGCUGUGAUAUACCUUGUGGACAUCACAGAGGUACCUGAUUUCAACACUAUGUAUGAGCUGUAUGACCCUUCCACAGUUAUGUUCUUCUUUAGGAACAAGCACAUCAUGAUCGACCUUGGCACUGGAAACAACAACAAGAUCAAUUGGGCUAUGAAGGACAAACAAGAAUUCAUUGACAUCAUUGAGACUGUCUACAGAGGUGCAAGGAAGGGCCGUGGUCUUGUCAUUGCUCCCAAAGAUUACUCCACCAAGUACCGUUACUAGUAUAUAUCAAUCUCUACUGGGAUAUGUGUAAUUUGAACUCUAUUUUCAUUCUCGUACAAAACCUACCUCAUCUGGUUCACCGUUUAUUAAUGUGUAACUGUCACUAAACUAUCAGUCUACACACCUACUUGUCUGUCAUUUUAUUCGGAACUGUAACUGCUAUACUCGUGAGACUGUGACUGUGUAACAUGCACUUGGAUUAUCUGAACAAUGAUUUUAUGAUUAAAGUGAUUGAUUAAAAGGAA